AUGCAGCGGCGAGCAUCUACUUUAGGAGACCAAAGCUCGGUUACACAACAUGGCCGAGAUAGAGACCGACUGAACAAUAGCCAUCCUGAACUACCAACAUGUACAAUUAAUUGUAUUUCCGGAGGUUUUGCAGGUGGCGGAGCCACAAGCUCGACAGCCGAUCAUGACAAUAGCGUAGCAAAUCUGGAUGACCCCGUUGUAAUCUCCCUACAGCUCGGAAAUCUCCUGGUUAAAAAGGUGUUGCUCGACCCAGGUAGCAGCGCCGACGUUCUCUUCUACUUAACAUUCCAGAAAAUGAAACUGAGCAACAAUGUCAUCCAACCUUCCAGUGGUGACUUGGCAGGAUUCUCAGGUGAGCGAGUCCUGGACAACACAAUUGCAACCAUUUACAGCGAUGCCCGAGAAGCCAGGGAAUGCUACAACAAUAGUCUCAAAAGACCUAACCGUAACACAAAAGCCCAAGUUCACAAUAUCGACAACAUGAACGACCAACACAUGCUGGCCGACCUUGAUCCCAGAGCAGGAACACUAGAAAGACCAACCCUAAUAGAAGACCUCGAUAAAAUCUAUUUCACAGAAAACUCAGACAAAUUCACAUACGUCGGCUCAACAUUAUCCUCAGAAGAAAAAAUGUCCUUCCAAGCUUUCUUACAACAAAAUGCCGACCUGUUUGCUUGGAUCCCAGCAGAUAUGCCAGGCAUUGACCCAUCCAUCAUAUCACACAAGCUAGCGUUAGAUCCAUCUGUCCGACCUAUAGCACAGAAAAAGAGAAAUCUCAGCCACGACCGAAAAUAA